AUGACACCAGCGUACAUUUACAUAUGGAGCUUCACCAAACCGGGCACUGAUGGCAUCAAAGCCGUGGUGUAUGAUUUGGGGAAAGGACCGAGGAUUCAGAAACUUGCCGAGACCCUCGGGCCGCUGACAGUCAUCUCAGACCGGGCAGCGCUGAGCAUCGAGAAACUUCCUCUGGCUGCUAARGGCCUGUUCACCUGUCAGGCCUUCUUUGACAGAGUAACUGAAGUCAUAGCGUACUAUUACUACGUGUACCUUAUUGUCCAAGUUCCUGUCAGUAAGCCGUACCUCCUGAUAAAUGAUAAAUACCCAGUGGAAGGAUCAGCAUUGUGGAUGCACUGCAAAGUGGAGAAUGGGUCUGAGCCGAUCCAGUACAGGUGGCUACAUGAAGCUCUUGACGGAAACGUCAUGACUUUCUCAAAGGGCAACAACAGCAUUGUCACAAUAACCGGCAUCAACCGAAACCACACAGGCUGGUACCAUUGUGUGGCGAGUAACGCCGUCAACAACGAGAGCUCUGACAGCAUACUGCUGAACAUCACAUUUGGUCCAGAUGUUCCUCAGAUAAACGUGACUCCAUACAGAAUAACAGAACACGGGCUCUCACUUCUGGAGACAGAAACGGUUUCUUUGUCGUGUGAAACUAAGUCCAAUCCAGCCAGUCGGUACAUCUGGUUCUUCAACAACUCACAAAACUCCAGCGGGCCGCAGUUCACCAUCAACAAGAUCCUCCGCACGCAAACUGGAAACUACACCUGCUUGACACAAAACCCCUACCUGAACACGAGUUCCAGCAGAACCAUCAGGCUGACUGUUUACUACCCUCCCGAUGGUUCCCCCUCCUGCUCUGUGGAGCCGGCUCUGAAUCACACCUCUCUCAGACUGCUCUGCUCCUGGCCUGGUGGGUUCCCCUCCCCGUCCCUCCGCUGGACCGGAUAUCUGAUCCAAGCAGGGCAGCAAACUAAUCUACAAACUGGUUCUGACGUCUUGUUGACCACUGAGAGCUUGAGUCCUGACAGCAGCUUGUUCACAUGCGUGGGCUCCCACCCUGCUCUGAAACAACAGACUCAGUGCAGCACACGAGCAUAUCUUCCUCCUGCAGAGCCGGUGUGUUURGCCUACGUGACCAGCACUAGACAGUAUCUGAUGCUGUCCUGCUCCUGGGAUGGAGGGGCCCCCAAAGCCUUGGUGUGGUGGGAGGGGCCGACGGGUCAGAGCCAAGGUGGACAGGAGAACUCCAACAUCCUGGUCCUCCGCUACGGCACCGCCCGCAGUGGGAAUCCCUACACCUGCUACGCUAAACACCCACUCCUGGUCCGACCCAAGACCUGCAGCCUCACACUGGAGGCCCCCGUGUUGCUGACGCAGCGCAGAGUGGUGUCGGUGUUCGAGGGGAGCGACGUGCAGCUCACCUGCAGACUGAGGUCCAACUACCUGCCUGCCAAUGAGAUCACCUGGUUUAACAAUCAGGGCGACGACGUCCGGGACACAUCCAAGUACCUGCUGCUGCGCACGUCUGCGUGGGCCAACCUGACGGUGAAAGACACYGACGAGACGCAGGACAGUGGCGAGUACAGGUGCUCCACUUCAAACGCCGUGGGAGGAGCUGAGGUCAACAUCACUUUGGUGGUCAAGAAGCACCCCAUGCCACCUAACGUGACCCUGGUCAGCGUGACGUACAACAGCCGGCAGCGUAAUGAGGUGGAGCUGGAGUGGCAGGUGGACAGUCAGGAGGAAGGAGGCUGGACAGGGUUCCUCCUGGAGCAUCGAUGGGUGUCAGAGCGACCGAACAAGAAACAAAGCAGCAAUGAUUCCCAGGUUCAGAAGGGAGAAAGGGCUGCUGCUUCCCAAGACUGGUACCAGAGCCCCAUCCAGGACCCAGGGGUCAGGAGUUACACGGUACGAGGACUCACCCCAACUGUGACCUACCAGUUUCGUGUCACACCCAUCAACUACAGAACCAUUGGAAAUCCUUCUGUGGCAAAAACUCCAGUUAUGAUGAGGCUGYGGGUCUUAUCUGUGUUUUACUGA